GUUUCCGACAUUCCAACAUGAAGUGCGCGUCCACAGCGCCCUACCCUCUGCGCGUCCCCGUGCAGUAGGGCUCGAGCCGUUAACGGAGCGGCGGAUCGCGGACGUGUGAUCACACAUUUCUCCCGAUCAAAAUAUCCAACAGAGUCCGCGUUCAGUUUAACGACAGUUCCGCGAUAUCUGGAUUACGAUGGCGCGCACGGGUUCGUGAGGAGAGCGUUGUCGUGCGCUGAAGUUUUUAGAUGUGUGGUGUGCUACAUAGCAACAUGAUGACCCCGACGAUCUGACCCCCGUGACCCUCAUUUGACAGUCUUUGCACUGAACAAGUGUUGAGCAACAGUUCCCAAAUUAAGUACUGAGGGCACAGUUUGUAAACUGUGUGUGGGAGCGACGUUCAGCCUUUAGUCUGUGUGCGAUGCAUGGCUUUCCUGUCCACUGACCCUGCAGCACUGCCCUGCAGUCAUGUCUGCAUGCAACACCUUCACUGAACAUGUGUGGAAACCAGGGGAGUGCAAAAACUGCUUUAAGCCCAAGAGCUUACACCGGCCUCAAGAGCAAGCCAAUGCUGCCAGUGAGAGCAAGACAAACAUCAGUGCCAAACUCACAAACAGCCAGAGGAGCAUUUCCUCAUCCCGUGCAGGCCAGGUCCGCCCACCUGUUGCAAAGAAGCCUACUAUUGCUGUAAAGCCUACUAUGAUGCUGCCAUGCUCCCCAACAGGGUUGGACUCAGAGGGAAAUGUGCCAAGGCUUACAGAGGGAGCACAGGUCACUAAAAGCUCACCUUUCACUGUGUGGAACCACAACAGCCUGAAUAGCUUGAGACCCACAGAGACAAACAACAAUCAAGGGGAGGAUUUGGUUGGACAAACAGAGGCAUAUGGUGCAAUUUCCCCACAGCCAACUAGCAGCAGCAACAACGGAUUGACAGAUGUGCUGAAAGAGAUUGCUGGCCUGGGACCUUCUCCAAGCUCAAGUAGAGAUGACUUCUUUGGCCGGAUCUGCAGUUCAUACCAGCGCUCAUUAGAGAGGGGCCUUCCAGCAUCAAGCUGUCUCCAUGCUGGGAGUAGUGGUAGAGGAGCAAUGAAACGUGUUUCCCUCAGUGACAGUGCAGAGGUCAUCAGCUCUGAGGGAGGAUGUUUCUGUUAUCCUGAAUUCUCCAGUGAUGGUGAUGAUGAGGAGGAGGAGAGUGGUGAUGAGGAUGAUGACGAUGGAGAGCAUGACAGUUGGGAUGAAAGCGAUGAGGAGUUGCUAGCAAUGGGGAUACGAAUGCGGGGUCAACCUCGGUUCGCCAAUUUCCGUGCAGCCACACUGUCCCCGGUUCCCUUCGCUGUAGGGAAGAAGUGGAACACAGUGCCUCUACGCAACCGUUCACUGCAACGGUUUUGUGCAGUGGAUUACGAUGACAGUUAUGAUGAGAUUCUCAGUGGAUACCCAUCUGUUGACUCAAAUGGAGCUCCUGCUCUUUUGUCAUACAACUCUGACCACCAGGGUAGUGGCUUUCUGUCCACUUCUGAGUCUACCGCCUCGCCCGAGUCCUUGAUUUCUCUGCCCGAAGAAUCCUGCGCUGGCAGCAGUAGGGGCACUGGUGAUCAGAGAAAUAGUCUUCCAUUCCCACCUAGCAAAGAACCUUCAGCCAAAGGACUGAGUUUGCCAAAACCCAAUGAAACACAUAAAGCUGUUCUAGCCAUCCUACUGGAAGAACAAGACGACAGCCAGAGAGAGGGUGGGGCUCUGCCACAAGCUCUUCCGGGCCAGCCAAUCACAAUCAGCUUCAGCCCAACUGAGGAGCAGGCCAAGCCUUAUCGAGUAGUGAAUCUUGAGAAGACUCCUAUCUGUAAGCCAUAUACGGUGGUGGAUGUGUCUGCCUCUAUGGCCACUAAAGAUGUGCACACUCACUCGAGUGAAAGCACUCCAAAGUCAAGUGGGCCCAAUGUUGUGCUUUGCUCUUCCGCUGAUCCCUGUCCUGUCUCACCCACCACGCCUCAGUCCUCCAGAUCUCCUGUUUCACAUGUGGCAUCUCCAUCCAUUUCAUUGUCUCCGCUGAUGCCUCAGUCUCCUACAAGUUCUGCCUCUGGAAGACCCAGCGGUUUCCGCACAAAACCUGGCAGCAUCCGUUACCAAGAAGUGUGGACGUCUUGCACCAGCCCUCGACAGAAGAUCCCGAAAGUUGAUUUAACAAGCGGCAGUGCCGCUCCAAGACUAACCAAUCACAAAUCAGCUCCCACAUCUCCAACUGCAGGCUUUGGCUCAGUCCGCACAGUCCCAACUAAAUCUCCUAACUUGUCUGAGAUCAAAUUUAACAGCUACAACAAUGCCGGCAUGCCCCCGUUUCCCAUCAUCAUCCGCGAUGAGCCUGCAUAUGCACGCAGCUCCAAAAAAGCAGUGAAAGUUCCCAUAGUGAUUAAUCCCUGUGCAUACGAUAACCUAGCUGUCUACAAGAGUUUCCUGGGGCUCAACGGUGAGGUGCCACAUUCCAAGCCUGUUGCCGGAGAGCGAGUGGCCAGCCACACAUAUGAGGAGAUUGGAUCUUCGGAAAGUUCCCAGCCCUCGCCGUCUGAGCUGACACCACCUCAGAUGAAGCACACAACAGAUGUAACUGCUCCUGGCGAUCUGAGGACCACCACAGUAUUCGGACAGACUGUAAACGACAGCAAAUCCAGGACUACGACAAUUGUCUCCGUCCUUCCUGCAGGUAGCAUGAGCCCUGGCCCUGCUGUUUUGGAACAUAGCAGUCUGGAUCGUAUUCGUAACUCCAGCAGUGAUCAAUCAUCAGAGGGCAGCAAAGAUUGCAAGGUCACAUCGAAUGGAAGUUCAGGUCAGAGAGAGAAAGCAAGUGCUGUUCUGUCUCAAAUUGUGGCCUCCAUUCAGCCACCGCCUUCUCCUCCAGACUCCCCCACUGGCCAGACUAAGACAUGCAGUGCUGAGGACCUUUACUCGCUGCCACCAGAUGCUUCCAGAGAUGCUCUUAACAGACCUAAAUCACUCCACUGUUCUGCAGAACCUCAAAAAGACACACCUCCUAAAGUCCUUCCCAAAUCUAAGAGUGCCUCUGCUGCUGUACCGCCCACAAGCCCCAAAUCUGAACCUAGUGCCCCAUUUCCCCCAGCCCGGUCUAGCUCCUCUCCUUACCACUCAAGCAACCUGCUCCAGAGGCAUUUCAACAACUGGACCAGACCAGCAGGGGCCAAACCUAGUGACGGAGAGACCAGUCCUGUUGCAGAGGGCAGGCGUUCGACUGAUGGUAACAAGCCCAAGCGCUGGAUAUCCUUCAAGAGUUUCUUCCGCCGGCGGAAGGAUGAGGAUGAACAGAAAGAGAAAAUGGAACGAGAGAAGGAAAAAGGGAAGCUGCUGGGAUUGGAUGGGACUGUCAUCACUGUACUGCCUCCUCCACCUGUACAGAGACAGCACUGGUUUUCAGAGUCCAAGACAGAUGACCCUCACCAGAAACCCACGAUCAUAUUCACCUACAAAUCAGAGAGCGUCACAAGUGGAGAGGAGGCAGAGCUUCGGGUUGAAGAACACAAAGAAGGUGUCACAGCAGAAGGUGGAGCUUCCAGCCUGUCAACUCCACCCAAGAGCAGAGCCAGUCUCCUCAUUAGCAAAGUCAUCAAUCAGCUUCCAGUUCAGGAUACUGAGAUCUCCUCAGCCACCUCUCUUCCUGCUAAGCUGGAGCUGUCGCCCCUGCGGGAGCCGCCUGCCUCCUGUCCGCCCCCAGCAUCGCCCACCUCAAACAGCAGCAGGCAGGCAGAGCGAGAGGAAGAGGGAAUCACUUACACCAUCUCACAAUCUCCUACAUCCAGCAGCUGCAGGGCCACGUACACCAACCUGGGUUGGUCCAGGGCCAACAUGAUCCCUGUAAAACAUCCCAGACAUCCUAAAGCAUCUGAUGACACUUUAACCUCUGAUCCAGAGGCCAUCGAACCCACGACUAAAUCCACCCCUCCACCCCUGCCUAAAAAGUCAGUCCCACGUGCCCAAACAGAGCCAGCCGCUCUAGGUAGAGAACUCUCUGUCCCUCAACCCAAAGGAGAGGUCAGACCAGGCGGGACCAGUCUGAGUGUCGCCAAUCCACUCUACGAUCUCGAAUCCACAUGGGACACGGCCAGUCAGAGCUCCUCACUCAGCUCAGAGGCACGACAUCAUGAUGAAUCUGGAGACUCCCUGGAGCGUCCCGUGGGUGGGCAGAGCCUGUCUUGUCUAACCAAUAGCAGCUCCAUGCAGGCAUGCGACCGCCGAGGCUACCGAAGUACAGAGAGUCUGACAGCCCGGACGCGAGGGGCUGGGAGACCCGCUAAAGCCCAGAAACAAGUGCCUUACAGAGGCAUGGAGAGCUGGGAGGAAGUGGUCGGGAGGAUCCGAGGCCUGCACACGGAUACCCUUCGCAAGUUGGCAGCCAGAUGUGAAGAUCGAUUUAUGGCCGGACAAAAAGAUCAUCUACGCUUUGGUACAGACAGCUGGUCUCAUUUCCGGCUGACUGCAGGAAAACCCUGCUGUGAGGCAGGAGAUGCUGUGUACUACACAGCGUCUUUCGCUAAAGAACCUCUGACGAACUACGCCGUUAAGAUCUGUCGGGGGGUGGUGAAGGAGACUCAGCAGCAGUUUUUUCACAGCCUAGCAGUUCGGCAGAGUAUCGCUGUUCACUUCAACAUCCAGCAGGACUGUGGGCACUUCCUGGCAGAUGUUCCGGCCCGCCUGCUGCCCUGGGAGCGAGAGGAGGAUGGAGAAGACAAGCAAGGCGGUACGGAAGGAGGAGAAGAGGGAAAAGGAAAGGAGGAUGAGAGAGAUGCGGCUGGUCCGGGCGGGAAACUCUGCAGCCGUGUAGUAGUGAUCACUCGAGAGGUGCCGUUCCAGACGGUGGCGGAUUUCGUACGGGAGGGUGUGGAGAGGCACGUGCGAAACCCUGAGCUGUACGAACGCCAGGUGUGUCUGCUGCUGCUGCAGCUGUGUGCGGGACUAGAGCACAUGAAACCCUACCACGUCACGCACUGUGACCUGCGGCUCGAGAACCUCCUCCUGGUGCACUGUCACUCCGGGAACCCUUGGAACCUGGAGCUGCUGGAACCGAACAACAAUGCUGCAUCCGGACCUACCUCCGCCACAGCUUCCGCUUGCCCUGCCCGCCUCAUCAUCAGCAACUUCUCUCAGGCCAAACUCAAGAAUGUGGUGCUGGAACCCUCUUCGCUUCGAGACCAGUCCCGUCUGGCACCUGAGCUCCUCACUGCCACUCAAUACCGCAAGUGUGACGAAUUCCAGACCGGCAUACUGAUCUAUGAGAUGCUGCAUCGACCGAACCCAUUCGAGGAAAGUCCAGAGCUAAAGGAGAGGGAAUACUGCAGCUCUGACUUGCCCCAGCUACCCCUGCGAUCCCUGUACUCCAACGGCCUUCAACAGCUUGCCACGUUGCUACUCAAUCCCAACCCUUCCGAGCGCAUCCAGAUGGCGGAUGCCCGGGCGUGUUUGCAGUGUUUGCUGUGGGGCCCCCGAGAGGAUCUGUUCAAUUCGCUGAACCCCCACUCCGGGACAGUCCAACGCCACACCAUCCUGCAGAACUGGCUGGACCUGAAGCGAACGCUUAUGAUGAUCAAGUUCGCAGAGCGUUCUUUGGACACUGCCUGCGGCGUGAGUCUGGAGGACUGGUUGUGCUGUCAGUAUCUGGCCUUUGCCACCACCGAAUCUCUCAGCAGAGUGAUCAAGAUCUUGCAGCAGCCACAGGGAGUGCUUAUCUGAUGCCAGCCAAUCACGGCAAUGAAGCUGGGACGUCUAGACAUAUGCGCUGUACAGACGUGUGAUUAUUUUUUUUUUUGGUUUACUUUUAAUACCAUGCAGUGAGUCCGAACAAACCGUUUACAGGAUGAAAAGUGACAAAGUGAAGUCAUAUUUAACUCCAGAGAUGAUGGCACAUUUAUAGAGCUGCUUUUAUAAACAAGUGAAACUGCAUGACGUGUGUGUAUGUGUAUGUGUGAGUGUGUUGUAGGUUUUCUGCCGGUGUGUUUAGUUACGCUUUUUAUUCUGCUGUAGGGACUCAUGUAUAUCAGCAGGAAACCACUGAUCCAACAUCAGCUGCAUCAUCAUUUAUGAUUCCAGUAACUCAUGAAACAAUGGGAUAACUAUUAUAUAAUCAUCACAUAUUAGAGUUUGUGUAAGAGGCAUAAAAUUAAGGGUUCUCCAUUGGUUACGUUAAGUCACUGAAACUUCUAACAUGCCUUACUUUAUAAGUGUCUGUAUGUGUAUAUAUACAGAGAGAGAGAGAGAGAUUUAUGGAAAGAGGCAAAAACAUCAUCUUUCAUCAGUCAUUUCACUCAAAUGUUUUUAUCAGAUCCUGAUAUAUCGUUCAGAUUAGUUCGAGAGUACAGAUUGGAUAUUUUUCUACCACAACAAGAGCACUGUAAAGUUUUACCAAAGACUAAACACUCUGAACCACAAAGAACAAAACAUAUUUUUACAUUUUGCAUAGUCGAAGAGAAGAUAUUAAUACUCUCCCUCUUAGAGAAAGUGUCCUUAUGUACCUAAAACAAAUGCAGUUUGGUUCUUCAGCAGUACUUUGGCUCUUCAAAGUACACAGGAGCAUUUCCAAUCAGAGGGAUUGGCACCAAACGCGGUCUAAUCAAACUAGAGUCACUCCAGAUUCUGAUCGUAGCGUUUACACUUGCAGUAAAGGCUCUGAACUGCUUUUGAGACAUAUCAGGAUGAAUAUAACCCUGACCUUACCCGGAUAUCACUACGUGGAUAUAAGUGCAAUCAUUAAAAAACAUUUGUUACAGUAUUUUAAAUAUAUUUAAUGCACUUGAUAUUCUAAGCAUGCGAUUAUUCUUUAUCUUCCCGUUCCUGUUCGGCACAUAACUGAUGAGAAUGCAAGCUUUGAGAUCAGACUCCCAGAUAUUUGAUUGUGUAUGUGAAGCAUUAGUUUGGACCAACGACACAACAUUAAUCA